CUAUCUUUUUUAGGAAAUGGUGAUGUUAGUCCAGGACCUUGUACAAGUUUUGCAGAAAUUACUAGGGCUUGGGAUAUAAUGGACAUCAACCAUAUUAUGUCAAAUGUCGAGCAUAUACAUCAUAAUUGUGAUGCUAAUAUUCAAUGGGAAAAGCCUCCAAUUGUUGAAACGCCUUGCCAAAGAGAAGAAAAGAGUCUUUUGCAGUACAUAGAUGAGGAACUCAUACAAAGGGGAAGCGAAGGGCUGUCGCUGUAUGAAACAUCAAUGAAGUACAGUCAACAAGCAACAUUACCAAUUUGUGAUAAUGAAACUACCAGCCAUCUUUCAGAUGUGCAUCACGGGCAUAACUAUUUCACCAAUCUUGCAGGACCUGAUGGUACUGGUAGAAGGCAUAGCUCUAUGGACGAGAUUUUGAGUCUAACUGAUACAUUAACUCUCAAUGGUUCUAGGCAAAGAUCUCUUAGUGAUAGUGGCCCUAAUGAAAAAGACGAUGAUUUGCCACAAAAUGAUAUUUCAGAUUUUGUUGAAGUAGAAGGACCAGAUCUUAUAUCAGAUACUCCUCCGGUACCUCCUCGGAGAAGAGAGAAGAAAAGGCACACUCCUCCAAGGCCACUUAGUAACGGAUUGCCGCCAACCCCUAAAGUUCAUAUGGGAGCUUGUUUUUCCAAAGUUUUUAAUGGGUGUCCACUACGAAUUCAUUGCACUGCUAGUUGGAUACACCCUGAAACACGAGAUCAGCACAUUCUGAUUGGUGCAGAGGAAGGUAUUUAUGAUCUUAACUUAAAUGAGCUUCAUGAAACUGCUAUGGACCAGCUCUAUCCUCGACGUACUAUUUGGCUUUAUGUCAUCAAGGAUGUCCUUAUGUCUUUAUCAGGAAAAACACCUCAAUUGUACAGGCAUGAUUUGCCUGCUCUUCAUGGGAAACAGAGUCUUCACAGGUUUUCCCUUCAUAUGAAUAGAAUUCCUGAAAGACUGGUUCCUAGGAAGUUUGCUCUAACUACCAGAGUACCAGAUACGAAAGGAUGCAUACGAUGUUGUGUUGGUCGUAACCCAUACAAUGGCUACAAAUACCUUUGUGGAGCUGUUCCUAAUGGAAUAUUUUUAAUGCAAUGGUAUGAUCCUCUCAACAAGUUCAUGCUUCUUAAGCAUGUUGAAUGCAAUCUCCCUUUACCACUGAAUGUUUUUGAAAUGGUUAUUACUCCAGAAUUGGAAUAUCCAGUCGUUUGUGUAAGUGUCAAGCAAGGAUAUCAGCAAGAUAGGCUUAUUCUUGAACUGAUAAAUAUGAAUUCUGGAGCUAGUUGGUUCCACAGUGAUGAACUUGAAGAUUUAGAUGGAACAGCUACUGUUAUUCCCAGAAGAGAAAAUUUGAAUAUAAUCAGUGUAUCACAAUUAGAAAAGGAUGCCAUUUUAGUAUGUUAUUCCAAUAUUGUUAAAAUUAUAACCCCUCAAGGAAAACUUAGAUCAAGUAGAAAGCAGGUAUCUGAACUACACUUUGACUUUCCUGUUGAAUCUGUUGUUUGCUUACCUGAUAGCGUUCUUGUUUUCCACAAACAUGGAGUUCAAGGGCGGAGUUUGAAAAACGGUGAAGUGACUCAGGAAAUUGUUGAUAAAAGCAGAGUUUAUAAACUUCUUGGCUCAGACAAAGUUGUAGCACUUGAAUCAAAUAUGGUAAAAGCAGGAUCAACAACAGAAGAAGGUGCAGAUCUUUAUAUCUUGGCAGGACAUGAGGCUAGCUAUUAA